GCAAUUGUGUUGCCAGAAUGGAGUACACUGAAACUUGCGCAGUCGCAGUCACGCCCGGUUUUGGAACAUCCAGCUGCCGGAUUCGGCCUCGCUCGCGACAGAAGUCUAACAAAUUAAGCAAUCUAUAAUUUUCCAUGCUGUCGCAGCAAAGAUACGGACACAAGCCGGUGAAAUUAGGGCAGACCCACGGACCAAAGGUGCACCGCGCCAGGCGAAGCGGCGAAGCCUGAGCGCUUACUGCAAAGUUGCAGCUCUCUAUCUUUUUCGUCAACACAUGAGCCAGCUGGUCAUGGAGCCGCCUUAGGCCCGGGCACGUCUCGCGAUGUCCCCGCGGCGACAUGCCCUUCCGCUCCUGCUGGCGGCCGUGGCGGGAGGGAUGCUGCUUGGCCUUCAAGCGCCCCCGGUAAUAGCGGCCGUAACGGAUGGUCAGGGCGCCGGCGGUCGCAGCGGAGCAGUGCCGCCUCAACAGCAGCCGCAGUCGCCGUUCCCUGAGCCGCCGAGGCCUCCGAGGAGCGCUCCCUCGGCCGGCCGCAGCGACAGCGCAGGCAGCAGCAUCAGCAGCAGCAGCAGCAGCAGCAGCCUGGCCGGCGCCGACAGCACCAGCAAAUACAGCAGCCCAGCAGCUAGCAGGUCUAGUUACAGCAGCAUUGGCAGUAGCAGUAGCAGCAAUUACAGUAGCAGUAGCACUGACGCCUCCAGCAGGUCAAGCGGCCGCCUGGCACUGGUGCUGCACACGCCCGAGCAGCUGUGGGCGGCGCUGCGGCAGCUGCUGCUGCUGCGCCACGCGGCGGCGGAGGCGGAUGCGGAAACGGAGCCGCCAUCUGAUGGCGGUGGUGAUGGCGGCGGCAGCAAUGACGCGGUGCUGGUGGUGGGUGGCGACAUGUACUUUAGCGGCAUUGGCAGCGGCAGCACAGGGGCAGGGGAAGGGGCAGGGGCAGCAGGGGCGGCAGCCGCCCCACAUUCAUCAGCCGCUGCCGGCGGCACAGCCAGCCGCCCCCGUCAGCUGCGGGUGACGCUGCAAGGCGCAAGCGGCGGCACCGCGGCAGCAGGCGGCGCGGGCGGCCCCCGGCCCCGCUUCGACCUACCCGGCCUCCGCGCCCUCCUCAGCCAACUCACCCUGCCGCCGCCAUCUGCACCUCCGCCCCCGCGAACGCCAGCGCCCGACCCCACCCGCAGCGGUCCAGCCCCAUCGCCACCGCCUCCGCUGCCGCCUCCGCUGCCGGCUGCUGGGGUGGACCUGCGGCUGGCGCUGGUGGGGCUGCGGGUGAUGGACGUGGCGGGGCCCGAGCUGGGAGGGGACAGCGACCUGCUCUUCCUGCCGCCACAGCCGCCUGGGCGCCAGCCGUCACAGCCCACUGCGGGGCCUUACCUGCUGCCGCCGGCAACGGAGGCAAGGGCGGCGCCCGCAGCUCCCAGUGAGCCCUGGCAGCAGCAGUGGCAGCAGCAGUGGCAGCAGCAGUGGCAGCAGGUGCAGGCGGGGGUGCCGGGGCGCCACCACAACCAUCAAAUGCAGCAGCGGGAGCCGCAACCGCAACAGCAACAGCCUGCGGGCUCCCCAGGGACGGCGGCGGCGGCGGUGCAGCCAGCGCAGUCACCCGGGCUUUCGCCUACUGGGGCGCUGAGGGCAGCUGCGCCGGCGGGAAGUGCUGCUGGCACCGCCAACACCACCACCACCAGGGCUAACACCAACACCGGCAGCACCGGCGGCACCAGUGGUGCAGCGGCAGCGGCUGCACACCAGCACCAGCACCAGCACCAGCACCAGCACCAGCACCAGCACCAGCACCAGCACCAGCACCAGCACCAGCACCAGCACCAGCACCAGCACCAGCACCAGCACCAGCACCAGCACCAACACCAGCACCAGCACCAGCACCAGCACCAGCACCAGCACCAGCACCAGCACCAGCACCAGCACCAGCACCAGCACCAGCACCAGCACCAGCACCAGCACCAGCACCAGUGCCAGCAGCCCCAGCAGGCCCCGGCGGCCGCGGCUGGUGCUGCCGCUGCUGCCGUGCCGGCACCCAGCACCGCCCAGCAGCAGUCCGAGGCGCCGGGGGCUGGGGCCGGGGCCACAGCAGCCCCUCAGCCGCCCAGCCCCACCGCCGCCGGCCUCCGGAAGCCACCGCCGCCGCCACAACUGCCGCCGCCGGUGCCGCCUGCAGGGCGGCAGCCCUCCCCAUCCCCGCCUCCGCCCCCGCCUCCGCCUUCGCCUCCGCCGCCUCCGCCGCCGUCGGCAGCCCUCCAGCGGGCGGUCACGGGGAUGCAGCGGACUGCUCCACCGGUCGCCCUCUCCCCCUCGCCGCCCUCGCCCAUUGCGCUGCCGUCACCACAGCAGCUGCAAGCUGGGUUGUCUCAGCAGAACCAGUCGCGCUCCAGCCAGACGCGGCCCCAGCCCCAGCCGCAUUCGUCAAGAGCGUCCACAGAGGCACCGGCGCAGGCGCCAAUGGCGGCGGUGGCGGCGGCGGCGGCUGGGAACCUGACGGGUCAGCGGCGGCCAAUGGGCGGGGUGGGUGCGCCACCGGCGGGCGCUAGGGCCAUCAACGGCACAGCGCUGACGCUGGCGAAUGCCGGAAAGCCGUAUGUCAACCCAAGCCCAAGCUCCAGCCCCAGCCCAAGCCCGAGCCCCGAGGCCGCCGGAAUGGCUAGGCCUCUGCAACAGACCCAGCCGCAGCAGCCCGCGACCCUUCAACAUCCCAGUCCCUCAUUAGCAACAGCUGAGCAGCUGUGGCGAAGAUGGCAGGAGCAGCCGCAGCCGCCGCUUGCGCCAGCCGCACCACACAAUCGAGCUGUGCCAACAACAGCUGCAACAGCAACAGGAUACCUGCUUCCAGGCAGAAAUACAACAGCAGGAACAGUCGGCGCCCGCUUCCUGGUCGCGGCCUCCAAAGCCUCUGCCACAGCCGCAGAAAGCCGCAACCGCAGCGCUGCUGAUGGUGGAGGCGGCCGCAUCACCGCCGCCACAGCCGCCCCAAUGCCGCUCCCGUCAGUGGCGGCGAAUGCUCUCAUCGCGCCCGCUGCGCCAGCCCCCACCCCGCCCUCCGCCCCGCCGGCACCGGUGGCAAGAGCGCAGCGGCAGGCCGCCCCUUCCUCCCGCAACCUCGCCAUCCCAGCCGCGCCCAUCGCCGCGUCCAUCGGGGGAGCGACGCUCCUGCUGCUGGCGGCGGGCCUGGGCCUGGCGGCGUUUGAUCGCCGGCGGCGGCUGUGGCGGCUGGCGGAGGCGGCCCCAGCAGCAGCGGCAGCAGCAGCAGCAGCAGCAGCAGCAGCACAGCCACCGCCACUGGCGCCACCCGCACAGGCCCCGCUGCGGCAGCAGUCUGUGGCAGUGGCAGGAGGGGCGCCUGGUGCGGGUGGGGGUGCCGGUGCCGGUGGGGCUGGGGGUGGGGGUGGGGGCGGGGGCGGGGGCGCCGCAGCACCCACCGUGCCGGCGGCGGGUGGUGGUAGUGGCGGCGGCGUGGCCUCGCCGUUCAGUCCCCUGCAGCAGUUGCGGCGCUUGUGAUCAGUGCGAUGAGGAGGAGGAGGGGCGGUGGGCGGCAGGCGUACCCGCGGUCCCCCGAGGCGUGUCGGCAAGCGCAAGGCUUGCUGUGUAACUUAACCGGUAUGCAAGCUGAUACCGUAUGCAUGAGGCACUGCAUUGAUGUACUAGCGUGUGUUGGUGCAUGUGUCAGGCGCUACGCAAGCAGCAAGUAGUGCAACUAACUAACUUGACGGACUGUGUUCGGUUUGGAACGGUAUUAAUUAUCAUUGCUGACGUGCACGGCAGCACGCGGCUGUGGGCCGUGCCUCGUGCUUCCUGUCGUCUGGGACUGUGGCGGGUCGAGCAUUGUAACGCGCUAUGAUUGGAGCUCACUGGUGCGCUGGCCGGUGUGCAUGCAGUAUGUGUCUCAGACGUGAGACGUCUCAGUGUCAAAUCACUUGCCUCGGAGCGAUGGAGGCCUCGUGAGUAACCAAGUGUGUGAGGCUGCACUGGUAGCUGAGCUG